GUUCUAUCAAGCUCACUCCCACCCAGCCUCUUUCCUGUAACCUACUCCGUGUGUACCAGUGAGGCAGGCUGUGACGCUUUGGAAUCCUUUACACUUUUUUCUAUCCAUCAUCAUCUGGAUGAGACAUCAUGGAUGACGGCUCUGUGACAGUCGCAGAAGAAACAAUACUGCGGAGAAACCAAUCACCACCCACCUCUACAUCUCUGCCCGGCAUUCCAUUUUCCUUCCUUGAAUUCUUCCUUCGCAACACUCUUGGAGCAAAGCAGCUUCCACGCAUCGAGGAACAUGUUGAUGUCCAAGGCAGAGAAGCCCAAGCUCCCCAAGACCUCGUUAAGCGACGCCCCGUCACUAUCCAGAACAAGCCUGACCACAGCCGCACGGCAUGUCUUCCUCACAUAUCGAAGCCUCUCUUCCACCAGAUCUACUACCUUGACUAUCCUUUUCUUGUCGACAAAGACCUUAGAUGGGAGACCCUCAGUUACAUGGAUUUGAUUCACUCCUCUUCAAGCAAUUCAACCUGGCCUCAAAAGUCUCAGCUUCCAGUGCGGAUUCUCAACAAGCCCAAAAUCGUCCUGCCCCUAAGACCCACGAGCGCCCCAGUGGUCGAGAUACCCGAGGCUUCUCAGAGGCCAGCCAACACGACCAAUGCUGGCUCCUCCCAAUCUGCCUUGAAUUCCACCUGCCGCUACUAUCCACCCACCGCCAGAUCAGAACACAACUCUGGUAAGAAGAGGAAACGGCGUGACAACGACGAUGACGACGCUGGGCAGAACGGGGGCGGACAAGAGCCACAAUCUGGAGGAAGCAAAAGGAAUACAGAAAAAGAGGUACUCCUCCCUCUAGCGUGUCCCUAUUACAAGAUGUACAACGGCCUGCACUGCCCGUCACCAAGGUGUUCUGGGCCCCAAGGUUGGCCCGAUAUUAGUCGUCUCAAGGGACAUCUAUACCGAUGCCACCUAGCUCCGCGCUGCGACAGGUGCGGAAACUUCUUUGAGAGAACUGAAGACAUCGAAGCUCAUUCCAACCAUCCCCAGCCUUGCGAGGAACGCCCCAAAGCACGUUGGAAUUAUAUGCGGCUUGACAAGUCCCAAAGGAAGCAGCUGAAGGAGAAGACCUACAUCACCCCAGGCACAAGUCCAGCGGCGCAUCGGGAGAAGUGCUGGGCGGCCAUAUGGGUUAUCUUGUUUCCCUAUUCGGACGAAACCCUGCAAAUGCGCAUUCCCUCACCUUACUAUGACGGAAGACUGACCCGGAGCUUUGUUGAACAAUCAGUCUCUCAUCGGAGGUCUGACGUGAAUCUCCGCCGGGAUCUUCUUGCCCAUGUUUCAGGAAGCCCGGAUGCCGUGGAUCAGAUUCUAGAAAUACUUGCCAGACACGAACGGGCCUUUGAAUCUAGAUGGCAAGCCCCCCAAACGGCUCAGCGUCCCUCUGCCAUCACCACCCCCUUCGACAACUUGACCAACCGCGCACCCGAUGGACCGGAGAUGGUGGUUCACCCGCCGCCAGAGGCGCCAGAGUUCAUACCACAGCUUCAAAAUAUGCAGUCAUCCAGUCUCUCGAACCUGGAGCCCGGCUACUCCUUCUCCUCAGCAAACUCGUACUACACCGGCUCGACUACAAGGCAGUCGGCUUUUUCCACGCGACAUAACAUCAAUCAACUUAUGCCGUCGUACUACGGCACAAGCGUCGCGGGGGAGACUGUGGGUACAUCCGUGAGUGGCGGAUUGGACAUGCAGUGCCCCUUUCCAAGUCGCCCGAACCCAGCUCAGCCUGACUCCAUCCCACAACCCCCAGGCUUUGAUGCCCUUCUCGGCAUUAGUUCUAGAUCCCCCCUGCCGCAUAUACCUGGGCAGGGUGAGCUGUUGGGCCUGGGUAUGGGCAACCUACCCCUACCAACGACAUACGCCUUUGACGCCGAUGCACUUCUCGGCGUUGCUGAUGUUGGCGAGAACUUCAUGGCUCCUCAGAAUCAGAUUUCCCAUCAAUUACUCCACCUCGUUGACAACGAAGUUUAUCCAAUCCUACCUGGAGAGAGCAGCAGCUCCCAUAGAGGGAGAGUCAUUUACCAGGUGGUAGAUUACACAGCGCAGAUGUUUCCGAACACUCAUACAAAUCAACAGCACGAUAACGGAGGAGCUCCCACCGGGAACUCGUAGGGAGCUUACUCCGAUUCAGAGCCUUUACUUUCACUGUUGUCUCCUCUAGAAUGUAUGCAAUUUUUUCCCCCCCUUUUUUCACGCACAAAAUCGGGGUUUGGGAUAAACAGUACCUAGAUAGCUUAGCAUUUUAUGAUGAUAACAUUACGAGAGAAGCUUGACGACUACACAAUAUAUAUAUAUAUCAUCUUUCUUAUAGAUUUCACCAUUGCUCGAACUCAGAACAGGCCGAUAUGCACA